UAAGAUCAAUAAGAAAGCGGCCUCCGCCCACCGGAGAAAGCGAUGACGACGUGGCCGCCUUUUUGGGGUAACUCCGCCUUUGGGAAGUGGACGAUCAUCUGAAUCCUACUGGCCCAGCUUCUCUCAGCUGCCCAGCUUCCUCCCGCCUCAGCCACCCCAUUCCAGCUAUUCUCACUGUUUUUCAGGGCUCAUAUUUGUCGCACCAGAUUCGUUUGAUCUUCGGGUAGUUCUCAGCUUCCACGACUGUGCUUUACCAACGAGGUACCGUUCCGCCGGGAGACCACGGCUGAGACCAACCACCCCUCCCCGCCAUGGAUGAACACGACGACUUCGAUAGCGUCUCCUGGAGGAACGACCCCGAGAGUGACGCUUCUCGACCGACUACCUCGGGCACAGAUGCUGAGGAGCCUCAUAAAUACGAUCAAGAUACCAAUGGCAAGCGGAGGAUGAGCUCCGCGCACGAGGAACCCCAGGCUGGCCCGCUGGCCGAUGCCGUAGACCUGGCAGGUAUCGGCGACGGCGUGCUGGAAUGCCGUGUCGACUCGCCUCUGAAAGAGAAUGACGGUACAAAAGAUGCAUAUAUCUCCUAUCUUGUUACAACGAAUACCGACUUCAAGUCAUUCCAGAAACCAGAGUUCAGCGUCCGGCGACGAUUCACCGACUUCUAUUUCCUGUACAAGACACUCUAUCGCGAAUACCCAGCAUGCGCCGUGCCGCCCCUUCCCGACAAGCACAAAAUGGAGUAUGUACGAGGAGACCGAUUCGGACCAGAGUUCACCACGCGGCGAUCAUGGUCCCUGCAUCGGUUUUUGAAGCGCCUGACACUCCACCCAGUCCUUCGGCGCGCACCACUCCUCAUCAUCUUCCUAGAGUCGCCAGACUGGAAUGCACAUGUGCGGUUACACUCGACCCGAGGGUCGACCAGUACCUCUUCUGACAAUGCGGGGGCUGGAAUCUUUGAUAAUUUCACAGACACAUUUGUUAACGCCUUCACCAAAGUACACAAGCCCGAUCGGCGUUUCAUUGAGGUGAAAGAGAAGUCGGAUAAGCUGGACGAGGAUCUGUCGCAUGUCGAAAAGACCGUGGCGCGGGUUGCCAGGCGGGAGGCUGAUCUGGAGACGGAUUAUACGGACCUGGCAACGCAGUUCCGCAAACUGGUCCCACUCGAACCCGCAGUUGAGAUGCCAUUACAGGUAUUUGCAGCCUCCGUGGAAGAGACUGCACGAGGCAUGCAUAAUCUGAAAGAUCAUACGGAUCAAAAUUACCUCGGCUCGCUGCGCGACAUGGAGGCAUACAUCCUUUCUGUGAAAGCACUGUUGAAGACACGAGAGCAGAAGCAACUCGACUUUGAAGCUCUAGUCGAUUAUCGUAACAAGGCUGUCGCCGAGCGCGAUUCACUCGCUGCCAACCCAGCCGCCUACUACGCCUCCAACCCGCUUACCUCUUCCCCAGCCUCUUUCAUCCGCUCUAAGAUGGAGGACAUGCGCGGCGUCGACCACGAACAGUCCCGCCGCGAGCGUGUCCGCAAGCUCGAGCUGCGCAUCGACGAACUGACUCGCGAGGUCGAGUCUGCCAAGACCACUUCCGAGAUGUUCGACGAAGAAGUCGUCCGUGAAGUAGCAGACUUUGAGCGCAUCAAGGCAGUCGAGUUCCGCGAUUCCCUCGGUGCACUCGCUGAGGCCCACAUCGACUUUUACCAGGGCGUCCUCUCUACGUGGGAGCGCUUCAUCGCAGAGAUGGAGGGCGAUGCUGAGACCGGUCUCGAGGCCGAUUCUCAUGCUGCUGGGUCGAGGUAGUCUAGUUCUGGAUGUACUCAUGGUGGAAGAGGAGGAACAUGGUGGGGAUUGUCGAUGACUUUGGGAUGGGUCUGGUAUAGCUGAUUAUGGACCGAUUUUCUUGCCUAGCUCGUUUCUACCAUUUCAUACCCGUAAUAGCAUCACAUUUCGUCUAUGCUUUACCGUGAAGCUCUCUCCGUAAUGCCCGUGCGACGAUGUUGUUACAACAGGGAAGUCAAUAUACUCUGGGAAGGGUAGUCUUCAAACUACCCGCGAGUAGGGUCCAUGGCAUCAGAUCAAUCAAAAUCAUGUAUAAAAGCGAAUAAGCGCUACCAAAACCAUCCUCCGUGUCCAAGCCCUAAAUGUCUUGAGGUGUAUCACCCACUUCCAGUUCUUCCAGUCACUCUCCCCC